UAGAGGGACUUUGCGGGUAUCAAAUCGCGUAAACCGGUUAUCGUCCCCAAAGCGUUUAAGACUUUUUAAUACUUUCGCGGGAUUUCGCGCGUAGCCCGACGGAUUCCCGUCGUAGUAGCGUCGCCGGUGAUUUGUAACGCGGACUGAGUGUCGGGACGGUGUUUUUUUUUUCUACGCGGUGUGGCGGUGCGUCACCUGGUGCGGCCUACGGCUACGACGACGAAGGCGCACGGAAGCCAGGUCCCUUCUGAUGGAAGCGACGACCGCGUGAGCGUCCCCCCUCCCCCGACACGGUGAACACGUUCAACUUUUGCCUCGGUUUACCGAUGGAUCGGAUAGAGUCCCUGUCGGACCCGGCGCUCUGCCUCCAGGACCUGGUGACGGGCGUGACGACUUCUUCGGCGAGCGCCGACCUCCACGGCGUCCACCACCUCCACGACUCGGUUAGCUCGGCGGUGUCGGUCAGUUCCGCGAUCUCGGGCAUCAUGAGCGGCGCCACCUCGGUCCUGGGGCACCACCACGUCACCACCCACGAAGCCGCUCACCACCACCACGGAGUUCACGCGUCUCCGUUGCACCACGAGCCCCUGGAGAAGCUGAAACUGUGGACGGAGACCGGGGACUUCAGAGCCGCCGGCGGGGGCGGUAUUUCGAGCGGCGGCUCGACCCCGAUGGACCAUCCCCAACUGCCGUUCCCUGCCGCCGUCAGGAGUCGCACCCGCGACAGAAAAGCCAGUCGUUCGCUGUCGGACACGAUCAAAACCGAAUCGGGAGUGGGGGUCGAGUCCGGCGAGCCCGACGACGGCAAAAACGACAAAAAGACGAAACGUCAGAGACGUCAGAGGACGCACUUCACCAGUCAGCAGCUGCAAGAGCUCGAAGCAACGUUUGCGAGGAAUCGUUACCCUGACAUGAGCACGCGGGAGGAGAUAGCGAUGUGGACCAACUUGACCGAAGCGAGAGUCAGGGUGUGGUUCAAGAACCGCCGCGCAAAAUGGCGGAAGCGGGAGCGCAACGCGAUGAACGCGAUGAACGCGGCCGCCGAGUUCAAGACCGGUUUCGGGUCGCAGUUCAGCGGUCUGAUGCCGAUCAACGAUGACAGCUUCUACUCCUAUUCGACCUACAACAACUGGGCGACCAAGGUGCCGAGUCCGCUCGGUACCAAACCGUUCUGGCCGGUGGUACCGUCCAACCACCACCAGAGUCCCGUGAACUGUUUCAACACGACGUCGGUGGCGGCGGCCGCGUCCAUGGGCGGCGCCGCGGGGUCAAUGUUGCCAGGCGCCAUGGGCGGAGGAUUGACCAGUACCCCGGGCACCGUGUCGGCCCAGCCCUGCCCUUAUACGACCCCGACCAAUCCGUAUUCCAUGUACCACCAUAGAACGGCGGCGGAGCCUUGCACCGCCGUCUCCUCCAGCCUCGCCUCUUUGAGGUUGAGGGCGAAGCAGCACACCAACUUCGUGGGCUACUCGAGUGUCAGUCCUGUGAGAUCCUCGUCGGCGGGACUGCAGGCCUGCCAGUACGCGGGCAGCGGCAUAGGAGUGGGGGAGAGGCCCGGCUGAGACGAGGACGAGGCCCUGGGGCCGCAGCUCAAGCACGAGGACGAGGACGAUUGACGGCGGCAGGCGUCGGGACGCCGUUUCCUGGUCUAAGAACUGUUUUUUCUUUUUUAUAAAUUCGUCGUUAGUUUUGUUUUAAGCGUGCAAUUUCCAAGACGGGAAAAAUCGCGGGCGUCGUUUACGGCGUAAACGAGAUCGUUUCGUGGUUUUUGAAGUUCGAGUUUGAUGUUUCGCCGCAGCUUAUCGAACAAGGGGUCGUAGACGGGGAUCUACUUUAUUGGUAUAUGUUGAUAUUUCAAAGAUAAGUGAUUGCAGGUUAAUCAAAAAGCAACAAAAUACCUAAACAUAUUUUUUUU